AUUAUCAAACGAAAUUACGAAACUUAUGGGACGACAAUUAUCGCUUAAAUAAAAUAGUUGCGGGAUUAAAAGUUAAAAAUGGUCCCCCCAAAGAUGAUCAUUGGCUGAAAGUAUUUGAUAAUUAUCAGCAAAGUUUAUCCGAGGCACGAAAAAAAAUAGAGGAAUUAGAGAAUGAAAAUGUUAAACUAACUCAGAAAAUUAAUCAAACACCAGGUAGUGAUAGUCCGACGAAUGAAGAAAGAUUAGCAAAUUUAGGAGCAUAUAAAAGUGAUCCUAAUAGUCGCCGAAACAGUGGGAGCAGCCUAAGCAAUACAAACAGUUUAGCCAGCGAAGUGGCAGAAAAAGGAUUCACAACCGUAGAAAUAGGGGUCAGAAGUGUUUCUACUACUCCUAGUAGUGAUGGUAAAAUAACCUCGGACGAAGCGGCAAUUUCCGCCGAUAGUUCUUCCUCAACCUCAUCUGAAUAUUUCUCUUAUCGUCCUAAAUCUAGAAGUAGCUCUGACUCAGCUGGUCUUGAUUUAAGGCAGCCAACUUUUUCCGAGUCAACUUUGGGACCCUUAGUACUUCCCAAUCGCGCCAGUUCUCCGAUCAGCCCAAAAAAAGCUAGUCGAGGUGUCGGCAGAAAAAGCCUUACUAUUCAAACUUCUCCUAAUUCUCCUAUUUUUCCCCAUUAUUCUCCCUCCACUACUCCCUAUGAUUCUGGGGGAAGCGAUAGCCAAAAAAGAAGAAAUAGUUUAUCAAAAAAAUUACGGGAAGCAACAAGUAUCCUAGAUAUUGAUGUUAAAAGAAGAAAAAAAGAUGCCACCACAGGAACAACCCCGACGGACAUUUCCGACUUGCACCUAACUCAAUCGGGCAAUUUUAAAGAAUUUGAAGCAGCAUAUAAGCAUAUUUUAAACCAAAUUUUUGAGGAAAGAAAUAGUCAUGUCAAAGAAAAAUCCCAAGCUAAUAAACAGAUAAACAUCCUACAAGAGACUAUUAAGAGUUUAAAAAAACAAUGUCAAGAUUACGAACGAAAACUAGAAACGGCUAGCCUAAUUUCAGAGAAAGCAGAAAGCGUUAUAGAAGCCGCGAUAGAGGUCAAAGAAAACGAAGCAGCGACGGAAUCAUUUAUUAAAGCCAAUUGA